UAUCAUGCCUCCAAAAUUUAGUCGACUCAAUGGGGACGACAGAAAUUCUGCGAGGCCAUCAGAAAGGGUAAGCUUAUAAAGUUGGACCAAAAUUCUGUUAUAUGUAAACUUAAUUUAUUAUGAUCAAUUAGAUCUUUGCCCUUGUGUUGUAGAAAAUAUAACCUAUUUUCACAUGGGCAGUCUCUUGCCUGUUUUCCUUCUGAAUGUAAUACAGUUGGAAUGAAGCUGUGUAAAAUUACAUUAUGUGAUUUUAUGCAAUUUAUUUGAUAUACAUUUAUACAUAAUAAUACUGAGAAUUGAAAGUACUGAUUUAUUAUUAUAUUUAUUCAGUAUAUACUAUGCUAGCAUUAUUGUCUGCCAUGUGAUACCAGUUAAAGGACAUCUUACUCAUUGCUUUUUUUCAUGAUCCCAGUAUUGAUCACUCAAGAAAAACAAAAAUAAACAACAACAGAAGAUGAGACCAUCUUUUUGGUCAUCUGAGCUAUGCUAAGGACUAGCCUUAGUUUGUUGCUUAGUUAUUGUAAGACUCUGAGUAUUGGUAGCGUGCAAAGAAAGUAGUGUCCGAUAGCCUGGGGCUCGUGAAUAUUGCUAUCGGGCUAGUGAAUUCUGUUUUUAACUUGCCCGAUGGGCAACUGAUGUUUUUUUAGGAAUUCAAAUAACAGAAGAACUGUGAAAUCAAUUCUGCCGAUCAAAAAAUUUUGGGGGCUAGUUGAAAUGACAUCUGGGCUAGUAAGUGCUAGCUUCAGCUUGCCCGAAUGGCAAGCUGUAAAAAUGAUUUUCUUUGCACCCUGAUUGGACUAGCCUUGGGGUAUCAUUCAUCCUGUGACCACCUACUGCUCUUUAGGCCACCGUUCAGUCUAUUAACAGAGCUACAGUAUAACGUGCCAUGGCACAAAGUUUGCCAAUUGCAGGAUAUAUGUUACAACAAAGCUUAGUAAACUGCCUUUUGUCUCUUUACUGUGCAUUGUACAAGGUGUCUUUGAAGUUAGACCAUCCAACCAGUAUCUGGGGCUCAUUUUUUACUUUUUCUCAUAUUCAAGAUAUGAUUAACAUUUAAACUUUUUUUCACUACACUCCUUCAACAGAAGGUUAACUUCAUACUGACUGGGUUUUGUUUUCACUUCAGGCAAGUUUGCUUGAUGAUUCAGAUGAUGAAGAUGGAUCGAACAUGUAAGUUUGUUUUUAUUCAAGUCUUUUGAGGGAAAGUUAAAUUGAAUUUAUUCUCCAUACUGCUGCAAAUGAAAAGACCUCUAUUUUUGAAUUUUUUUUUCUGGAAGUGUUGUUAUGUAUAUGUACAAACUAUGUGUAUAGUGUACGUGUGCAAUUUAGGCCAUUAGCAUGAUAAUUAUGCCACACCAUUGAUGACCUCACGUCAUAAUUACAGUUGAACCUCUCUACAACAGCCACCUUGAAACAAGAGUGAAUGUACAUUUAUGGACUGUCUGCCAAAAAAAAUGGCUGUUGUAGAGAUGUGGCCAUGGUGGAGAGGUGGCUGUUAGUGGAGGUUCAACUGUAUCGGCUUAAGAUGGGAUCAGCUUUUUCAAGCAGGAAAUAUUUAAUGUUUGUUGGAUUGUCCAGAUCACAGACAUAACAAAACCUGCUCAGGACAGAUCAAAAGGUGUUCAGGAGUUUUAGAUCUGUGCUUCAUUUUUUUGUUUUUAACCAAGAUUUGCAGCGCCAGAUGAAUUUCAUCACAUUAAACGUCAGCCCACAAUGAAGGAUGGUAUUGCCAAGGUGAAGUCAGAAAUAAAAGGUGUCAUGGGAGUAAUGCAAAAUAACAUCUCCAAAGUGCUUGAUAGGGGGGCAAAGUUAGAGGAUUUACAAGACAAAUCAGGUAUGCCGUCAACAAUGUGCUGGGUUGAUAACAAGUAAUCAGUUAUUAGAAGCACAGUUUAUGUAGAUCACAUCUUCCCAGCUGGGCUGGUUAUGAAAUGUUAGCCAGGGAUUUAAGCCAAAAUGAAUAAUGAAUAACAUUGGUGGAGUGGAGUAACAAAAACAAGAAAUCGAGUUAUCAGGGUAAAUUUCAGUGAAAUUUUGGGAAUUCUGAAAGGAAAUUUAGUUCAGGUUAUCUAAGUUUGAAUUAACUGUCGUGGGUAAAAAUGACUGAAAAGUGGGAUGAAAUCCAAGGGAAAUGGGACUUGGUUUGAGUAAGUGGGGAGUUCGAGUUAUCUGAGUUCGAGCUAUUGAGGUUCUUCUGUAUUUUAUGUUAUUAAAUAAAUGUACUACUGUAUGUUAGUGUGAUCAUUGCACAUGAAUAGACUUAAAAAUUAAUUUUGGGAUCAAUAAUAAUAUUAUUUAAUUAACCCAUUCGCUCCUGGAGAUUUUGCUGAAAAAUGCGUUUUGAAGCUAGUCGAGUGGUUUUCUGGUCACUGUCGUGCUAUAAAAAGUUAAAACUUACCACAAACUGGUUUACAGGUCGUACACUUCGUGGCUUUCUGAUCCAGAUGCAAAAUAUCAGCUUGUGAAGUUCGGGCAUGUGCAGAAAGCAAAAUUUCAAGAGAUAGUUUUUGGCUUUAAAAGUAACCCAGCAGUCUUGACGUUUACUCUUCGCUUUCCCUCCUCCCCUCAUUUUUUGCUUUUCUUGCCUCAUUUUUUUUUCUCUUGCUGGGCACUUAGUAGGCUUCGUUUUGGUGGGAACAGUUUUUCGGAAAGCUUUUAGGAUCUUAGGAUUAGGUGAAAGGAAAGGUAGGUGAGCAAUGAAACAAGAUUUUCAUGGAGAUUUUCAGGUCAAUGUCACAUGGUUUUUUGCUUCAUUCUCUGGUGUCCUUGACUGAAUUGUGCUCAUUCUGGUAUGGUUUGAAAGAUCUCUUCACUCUGCACUAGUUGGUGGACAAAGUUGUCCUUGACCAUUAAAACUGAUGAUGUCACAAAGGGUAGAAAGGACGUGGAUCUGCACGGGCGGUUACAGGCGGUUCAGGGGCAAAUGGGUUAAGAAGGGACAGGGACAAAAAGAAGGAUUUUGUGGAAAUAGACUGUGGUUUUCAAUUUAGCACUAAAUUUGUAAUUAUUGUGUUUAUUUCGUUAGAGGAUCUUGAGAUGAGUGCAUCACACUUCAGAGCAGGAUCGAGAAGAUUACAGAGAAAGCUAUGGUGGCAAAAUGUCAGAGUAAGUGAAAGGUGUUUGUAUUCUUUACCUUUGCAAGCACCAUAGAGGGAGGCUAAUAACCAUGGCUUUGCUCUUUCCACAUACUUAAUACUGUUUAGCUAAGUUAAAAUCCAUAAUAUUUUGAAGCUUUAGUAUAAAACUAUGAAUCACUUGCAUGUACUGUAACCUCAAUACCACUGCAUGUACAUGUAAGCGUCGUGAAACUGGCAAAAUGUGUUGCUAUAACAGGUUUACUGAGGCAAAGAAAGUUGACUGUGUUAUACAAAGGACUUUGUUAUUUAAGAGAUCGUUAAAUCCAUUCCACUGUACUGGGAGAAGAAUAUUGUUUGUUUUAAAGAGGACUUGAUUGGAUAGAGCUUUACUGUACUCAACUGGGGCAAAGAAUGUUGUUUGUUAAUACUGUCAGAAAAACUGAGGACAUCAUUCUACAUGUGUUGAGGCCUGUUGGUAGUUCAUUGUUAAUUCCUAAUGCUUGGUCUUUGCUUCUUUUGUUUCUUUUUUUCUCUUUGUUUUAGUUCAAGCUGAUCCUAGCUUUUAUUUUUAUCGUAAUUCUCAUUAUUAUAAUAGGUAAGUUAUUAUUUGCUGUAAUAAUAAUAUUAUAGUCAUUAUACAAACCUUACAUGGUGGUUGAUCCAUUUUUGUUUCAAUAUUUUAAGAUUCAUAAACCUUUUACGGGGCUUCUUAGUUAAUGUUAAAUUUUACUUUCUUACUGUACCUUCAGUAUGACCUAAUUAUAAUGUGCUGAGUACUGACUUUAGCUACGACACUGACAGUUAGCCCGGGGCUAGCGGAUUUUGCUAUCGGGCUAGUGAAUUCUGUUCUUAACUUGCCCGACGGGCAAGUGAUGUUUUUUGAGGAAUUUAAAUUGAAGAAGAACUGUGAAAUCAAUUCUGCUCGUCAAAAAGCUUUUGGGGCUAGUUGAAACGACAUGUGGGCUAGUAAAUGCUAGCUUCAGCUUGCCUGAAUAGCAAGCUGUAAAAAUGAUUUUCCUUGCACCCUGGUAUUGUUGAAAACCAAGGUAGAAAAAGGCCUGUCAUUAUACCGGGAUACGCUAACUGCCAGGAAUCACAGCAAGUUUGCUCCGAAAAAGUCCAAGCGAAAUUUUACACGCUUAGUUUAAAAUUGCUACAUUUAAACCAACAUCGUUAUAUCUGUUGUCUUAUUUGUCUUUGUAUCUAUUUACUCACUCAUUCAUUUUCUUGCUUUUAAUAGUUCCAAUUGUCCUUAAGAAUAAGAAGCAAUCCUGAGCAACCCUGGAAUUCAAACGUGGCAUUAUGCCACAGUGAUUUGAAGUAUAUGUUUUACUUUUUUUGGUCAUAUAAGACACUGUGGGUUUUAGUCUCUGGUAUAAAAUAGCACAACUUGGAUGUUUAACGUGAAGACUGCAGCUGAUUUCAGAAUAAUUAUAGGACAUACCUAUAGAUGGAUGUAAGUGGAAAUCUUUCUUAGUGGUGGUUUUUUUUGCUAAUAACAAAUGCAGCUGUUAUAUGCAAACUUUCGAAAUCUUUAUCCACAGCUUGUACAGUAAAUUCAAAAUUACAUUAUUUUCAAAAUACAAUCUAUGAUGUAAUUGAAGAUAAGAGAAAGGUUUGGAUCGAUUUUAUUUAGUAAAAGUUACAGAUAUUGUAUUAUUAUGAGUAGAAGAGAUACAUGUAUAGUACAGAUGCUAUUCCGUCCAAAUAUCUGUUUCAUUACCUCAUUCCUUGCAGCACCUCAUUUUGGUUUGUUGCAUAUUUGCCAUUUGUUUUGUUAGACUAGAGUUUGAAGGUGUGUUGUACAUCUAAGAAAUUAUAAUUUUCCUCCUUUUUAAAAGACAUAAAUCCAGGAAGUAUUUCUCACUAGCG